AUGGACUUGCGAGUAUCAAUACGAAAGCUUUAUUUCAAUCGAGUUGAAGUGUAUUAUAGGCCCGCACCUAAUUGCAACUCCAAUAAAUCCCCGUCGCUGUUGGAUGCAUUGCAAGUCAGACAGCAUUCGGCCACCGUGCUUACAAUCUCGUUUGAUACGUUGCUUACGGUUCCAGCUUUGACUCUUGAACUGCAAUGCACGUCUUCACUCUUCAAAAGGGCAUCGCUGUUCAUUGAGGAUUUUGGAAUUACCCCAAAGCAUGCUUCUGAAAGACGUCCACUCUGUGCAUUCCCUUUGUGUCUUGAAAUGGAGCACCCUUCAGAUUUGAACGAAUGGCUUACCCCUCUGAUUGCGACAUCUGAAAAUGACUGUCACUCCAUUCGUUGCUCUUGCUCCUCUGAAAACUCGACACUUGUUCUGGAGAUACCGGAAACUGAGACAAGAAUAGAGGUCCGAAAUUUGACGAUCAUCUCUGAAAGUGGUGACCAGUCGAUCGAUUUUUUAAUGGCAACUCAAGCUUGCAAGGUAUGGGGACCGAUGGUUCUGAUUUCAACGCCCUCCCCCUGUUCCUCUUCUGCCUCGUGCCACGUGAAGGUUGUUAUUGCUACAUAUCCUGUUGAAUAUGAAGCUCUCGCAUUUAAAACUAAUGUCAGCAUAUCAUCGGGGCUUUUGUUGCACACAAACGGCGAUGUAUUGACAAAUCCAACUAUAUCUCGAUCAUCGAUUGAUGCUUUUAAUGCCGAUCCGACGCUUGAUUUAUCAGAUAUCAGCCCCCUUUCUGCUGAAAGCACACCCACAAAUCCAUGGGAUAUGUCACAAUCCCCCCUAUCCACCGCAUGUCCGCGCGCUAAAAAACAAAAGAAAUCUUCGGAAUUUUCUUUCACAUCAUUUAGCAAUGAAGACUACAUUCCAUCGACGCCUCCAAAUUUGAGAUAA